AUGGAGCUCUCGAGCUGGCCCCAGAUACCUCCGAUCAACCAGAAAAACUACUAUACAGACUAUCUCAAGAGGGAUGAUCAGCUGCUAGCCUUCCGACUACAAAAUGAAGAAGUGAGAAAUCGAAUGACCAAAAGCGCAAAGGAUCGGGAUCGCGCUCUUGCAAUGGGGAAGACAGAAGAGUUAGAAGGAGAUGGUGAAAUAGACGGUGAUACUCCCAUGGAUGAUGCUGAGGAGGCCGCUACAGAAGCUCUGGGUUCAAAGGUGAUAGUAAUCCAUGUCGGGAGCCAGAACCUGCGAAUUGGAUUAGCGAGCGAUGCAUUACCCAAGACCGUCCCUAUGGUUAUUGCACGGAAAUCCACCAAAAACGAGUCAGAGGAAGAGGGGACAGAGCCAAUCCCAAAGAGGCAGAAGCUGGAUGACGACUCACUGAUGGAACCUGAAAAGAUGUUUGGUACAGAGUUCGCCUCCCAGUACACGGCGAUGUCUUCGGAGCUCAAGACGCACAUGCGUCAGAAUAAAAGACGAACGCUUCCAAAUUCUAAGGAGAUGGUAGUGAAUUACAAUCGACGGACACCUCCGGAGACCAUUUCAGAGCACAACGAUCCGAUGCGCGUGGAGUGGACAGAAAUUGCCGACCCCGCUCCGGAGUUCAUUACUGGACAGGCAGCCUUGAGAAUCCCUGAUACAUCAAAUCCUCGCUACAAGCUUUUCUGGCCAAUCCGAUAUGGGUGGUGCAACGAGAAGGAUUACAACAGUAAAAGACUCCUGUUUCUGGACAUCUCGUUGAUCCUGGAAGACGCGAUCAAGACUCAGCUGGGUUUGACCAGCAAAAAGGAGUGGCCGCAAUAUUCCUGUGUGUUUGUCAUUCCCGAUCUCUAUGAAAAGUCGUAUGUGACACAGAUCUUGGAAAUGCUUAUGAGGGAGUUCGCGUUCGCUCGUGUGUGCUUCAUCCAGGAAAGCCUGGCAGCUUCCUUUGGCGCGGGCUUCACCUCCACGUGUGUUGUGGACAUUGGGGCGCAGAAGACAUCGAUAUGUUGUGUGGAGGAAGGGAUGUGUAUUGAGAACUCACGGGUCAACUUGAAGUACGGCGGCGCUGACGUGACUGAAACGUUCAUCAAGAUGAUGCUAUACGAUCACUUCCCUUACGCCGAUAUUGACCUGAGACGAAGAUACGACUUCCUACUGGCGGAAGAGCUGAAGAAAAACGUAUGCACGAUGUACGAGGCGAAUGUCUCUGUGCAGGUCUUCGACUUUCAUCUGCGGAUCUCUGGUCAGGAUACCCGGAAAUUCACCUUCAAAGCAUACGAUGAAGUUCUUCUCGCACCCAUGGGUUACUUUCAACCCACGAUAUUCGAUAAUUCGCGGAAGCUGGAAGGCAGGAGGAAACUGAUAUCUCCAUCCCGUGAUAUCUACGAUGGCUCGCUCAACGAUCCUGUGUCGGCAGCACAGUCAGAGAUCUUGGCGGCAAUUGCUCCUCCAUCCGCUAAUUCCCAGACUAAUGGAGAUGCAAAUCAUCCGAGCCUGUUGGAUGUGCAAUCCACCCCAAGCCGCUCACAGCAAAUAAACGCACUGGUCAGAGUGCAAGAUCUCGACGCGACCCCCCGUUCAUCUGUUGCAGGAUCGCCAGGGCCAGAGGUCACGGGAACGCCGCAGGCAGGUGGUGCAAACACUCCCAUCCCCGGCGCACAGGGCCAGACUUCGUCCCAAACGCCCCGUAUGCCCGCGGUCGAGGAAAGAGAUGAUGUUCUCCCCAUCUUUCCACUGGACAAUGACCGCAAAAUGCGUGAUUUCCUCGGUGGAAUCAUGGUGGUUGGAGGAGGCAGCCUAAUCUCGGGUUUCCAUCCCUUCUUGGAAGAACGUCUACAAACUCUUCGACCGGGAUAUGCCAAAGAAGUGGUGGUUUGGAAAGGUGCCAGCGUCUUCGGAAAACUCAGCGGGACAAACGACAGCUGGAUAGGACAGCUGGACCAGGAACACUUUCCGCUGACGCCCAUUUAUUUACUUGCCGAGGGUCAAGUCAUGUCGAAGCCUAAGGAUGGCCGCCCUUCCGAGGGCUUUCACCAGGAGUACAUCGCCUCUUUGCGAUACCGAAAUGAUCUUCCUCCUCCCGAUAUGCCACCAAAGUUCCUUGACAUCCCACAUGAGGGAUUGGAGCGCUUCCUUACUCCAGGUUUUGCUUCAAACAUGGCAAGGCGCGAGGAGCUAAACAUAGACGUGGACGCAGAAGGUGGUAUGCCAAUUGAUCUAGUGGGGAUCCCAGGUCUCCAUUUAGGUGAUGAGAGCGCUAUUAUGGCGCCGGAGAAUCCUCCUCCUGUAGAUCCAGCCGAUCUAGCCCUCUUGACGACUUUGGAUCAACUCAAAAACCCAGCUCCUAAGAACACGAAUGUCAGUUUCCUGCGUCGCACACAGUACAUCUCCGCUGGCCAAGUGAGCACGGGAAGCGUGAGGACAACCCCCAUCAGACCCAAGCCACGCAACCAGCCAGAGAAGACAAAUGUUUCCCGUGAUGAUCCCACAUAUAUCAAGAAAUACAUCCAGAAGGGAUUCGAUAUUGCAUAUCCUCAGAGCAAGCACACCGGCGAAGACACUCCGAGCAGAAUCAAGGGACAUACGCCGACGAAAGCAGAGCUUGAUGCAUGGGCUCAUCCAACGCAUCCUGACAACCCCAAACUCAAGCCUACAGGCUUCUUACCUGUGCUCCCAGAUUUGCAAGGCUUCCCCGAUCCUGGUGGAUUCGUCCAGUUCAAGUUUGAUAAGGCACCCCUACAAGGGAUCUCAGGAAGGCGAGAUGAACGCAUGGAUGUCGCCAUCCUCGUGCCUUCGGCGCCAGAGGAAAGAGUCUGCCAGGAGCACGCGACUAAAACGGCCCUACACAAGGCCAAUCCUAAUCUGUACCCCGAUCCUGGUCCUAUCCCGUGGGAUUAUGAUCUUUUCCUACCAGAGAAGAAAGGGGCUGCGAAAAAGAUCAAGAACAGUCUCAAAAUAUCCAACCCAGACCGCGAUAAUGAGGAGAAUUACACACAUGAAGGGCCCGACAAGCAAAAGUUUCACCGCUAUGAUCGGGUUCGCACCUAUGCUACCAGCAGCCAAACCCUUAGUACAGAGCAAAAGCAACGCGACAUUGCACUCACGCUAUUCGAUCCGUCAGAAGUGUCUGACCAGGGCAGCACACGCCUCACUCAGAAAGGAGCCUAUUACUACCCGAUAUUGGGUAAAACUCGGCUUAAGCCUGAGCGUGCUCGUACUAUCGCCCAGGCUGGUCUGGCGCCAACUCGUCCUAAGGCGAAGGAGGAUCAGGUCGAUCAAAUCCAGGUUGUUGUGCGUGAUCCUGAUGAGGCUGAAGUCUACAAACGCUCUUUGCACCGGGCAGCGAUCGACCCCGUAUUCGCAAAAACCCUGCCGCCACCUCCAGAGGAACCUGCUGGUGAAAAUGAACCUGCUGGUGAGGAGAAGGGCGAGAAGGAAGAGAGGGCGUCUGACCGCGAACGAAGUGAAGAGAGGCAGUCAGAACCGGAAGACGAGGAUAUGAACGAGGAUUGA